UUGGCGACUCAAGUUUUCAGUCAAGUUGUUCUCCUGAAGCCCAACCCGAGUCACAUGAGAAAGGAGCCAUAUAGGUGUUCUAAGUAACUGAAAGGCUUUACUACAGUUCACUGAAGGAUUCACACGCCGUAUCUACGUGUCAGGAAUGUUAUGAAUUCUCCUCAACACUGAUCCAGCCUCAAAGGCCGAGAGAAUUAAUUUCCACGUUCUAGAAGUGACUAUGGCUUUAUAGUAAAGUCCAACCCAUGUAUACAUAGGAUACGCCAUUUCAGAAGUUAUUUGGAAUGUGACAAAGGUUUUACAAUGAAGGCAAAACGCGGGAGACCCCAGAAGGUUCACAAUGGAGAGAAGACACAUAGGUGUUCAGAAUGUGAUAAAGCUUUUACAAGGCCGUCAGCGCUUACCAUACAUGAGAGGGUUCACACUGGAGAGAAGCCACAUCAGUGUUCUGAAUGUGAUAAAGCUUUUACACAGAAGCCAAACCUUAUCAUGCACCAAAGGAUUCACACUGGAGAGAAGCCGUAUCAGUGUUCUGAAUGUGAUAAAGCUUUUAUAAGGAAGGUAGGUCUUAUCAAUCAUGAAAGGAUUCACACAGGAGUAAAGCCAUAUUGGUGUUCUGUAUGUGAUAAAGGUUUUACAAGAAAGGUAUAUCUUACGACACACCAGAGGAUUCACACUGGGGAGAAACCAUAUCAGUGUUCUGAAUGUGACAAAGCUUUUACACAGAAGUCACAUCUUAUCAGUCACCAAAGCAAUCACACCGGAGAGAAGCCAUAUCAGUGCUCUGAAUGUGAUAGGGCUUUUAUAACAAAGAUAGAUCUUGCCAUACACCAGAGGAUUCACACCGGAGAGAAGCCAUAUCAAUGUUCUGAAUGUGGCAAAGCUUUUGCAAGGAAGUCAUAUCUUACCACACACCAGAGGGGUCACACUGGAGAGAAGCCAUACCAGUGUUCGGAAUGUGAUCAAGCUUUCACAAAGAAAUCACAUCUUAUCGCACACCAGAGCAUUCACACUGGAGAGACGCUGUAUCAGUGCUCUGAAUGUAAUAAAAAAUUUACAAGAAAAGAAAACCUUACCAUCCACAAGAUUGUUCACACUGGAGAGAAGCCCUUCCUUUGUUCUGAAUGUGAUCGAGCUUUUGCACAGAAGUCACAUCUUAUCACACACCAGAGGAGUCACACUGGAGGGAAGCCAUAUCAAUGUUCUGAAUGUGGUAAAGCUUUUACAUCGAAGUCACACCUUAUCAUACACCAGAGGAUCCACACUGGAGAGAAGCCGUAUCAGUGUUCUGAAUGUGACAAAGCUUUUACAGACAAGGCAAGGCUUCUUAUACAUCAAUGUGAUCACACCGGAGAAAAACGUUAUGUGUGUUCUGAAUGUGAUAAAGCUUUUAAAAAGAAGUCAAUCCUUAUCGUACACCAGAGGAUCCACACUGGAGAGAAACCAUUUAAGUGUUCUGAAUGUGAUAAAGCUUUUUCAUUGAAGGCAGACCUUAUCAGACACCAGAAGGUCCACACUGGGGAGAAGCCAUAUCAAUGCUCUGAAUGCGAUAAAGCUUAUAUAGGGAAAAGGGAUCUUAUCAUACACCAGAGGAGCCACACUGGAGAUAAGCCCUUUCAAUGUUCCGAAUGUCAUAAAGCUUUUCCAGUGAAGUCGGCUCUAAUCAUACACCAGAUGGGUCACACUGGAGAUAAACCCUAUCAAUGUUCUGAAUGUGAUAAAGCUUUUAAAGUGAAGGAAAAGCUGAUCAUACACCAAAGGGUUCACACUGGAGAGAAGCCACAUCUAUGUUCCGAAUGUCUCAAAGUUUUUAGAAGCCACUCAAACCUUAUCCAACACCGGAAGAUUCACAAUCGUUGUCAGUAGAGAGGAAACUGGGAGAAGGAGGGUGUUAAAGGGGAAGCAGCUAAGCCACAAUCAAAGAGUUAGGCGCAUGGCAUCAGUUUCACAUCCCAUGUCUAGUUGGAAAGAAAAGGCCUAAUGCUACGUUGGGAAACAAUCUUUGACGAAAUAGGAAUGAACUGGAUGGAUGCAUUGAGUUUAGUGCUUUUAUACAUGCAGACUUUUUAGAUGUCUAUGAAAUUCUUAGAUAAUUUGUAGACAAGUACCAAUGAUUGAACUGUUUUUCUCCCUCAUGAUUCUUGUCUUCCUCUUGCUAAUGGAACUUUGGUUCAAGAUGUUAUGCAUUUGCAUUAUAAACUAACUGAGCUUUGUUUCCUUCACUGCCAGAUACUGAGCUAAUUACCAACACUUCCUCCAUUCCAGAGACUGGGUAGUGGUCAUGUGGAAUCUUGCCAAGCCUCUGCAGCCUCAAUGGAAUAGACCUUCCUAAGUUCUGCUGACUAUUCUUCGGUUAAGCUUGAGGGCUCCAGCCCAUCUAAGAUGUCCUGUCCACAUGGUCACCUUGUUUCAGGAAGUGGAGAGAAAAUGGAUCAACGGGUAAUAGAACCAUAUGACAAGGGGGUUAGAAAACCUAAAACUGUUGUUACUGACAUACUCCAUCAUCUAUGUCAUCUUUUAUUUUCCCCACUUUAAGUUAUUAGGCUUCCUGCUGGUCUUCUGUUCUGAUGUUUUCUGUCCUAACACUCGCUGUGAAGGUGGAAAUGAACCGAUCACAUGUCUGAUGUAGUAGCAGAGACUACAAAUUCAGAUGAGGGUGGGUACCUACCCAAGGGGGUCCACCUUUUAGGAUUUGGAGGAAACAUUUCACAUGGCUUCCUAAUUAGAUUAUUGACACCGACAAGGGAAGUCUCACUUACUUCGCAGACGCUGGAAGUUCCCUUCACACAGCGACUAGUAACAUUUCAUGGUUUCUCGAAGUUCAGAAUGUUUAAUCCUCAUUGGUCCGAUGUAUUCCUAGUCCUUCCAGAUCACAUUUACUUCUUGUGUAGAACCCUACGGUGACAGGGGUCACUUUGGGUGGGGGGUUUGUGGAACUCAGCUUACCUUGGAGAGCUCCGUGUCCAGCUUUCCCGACCCUCUUAUGUGUAGAUCGCCCUGUGUCUCUAAUAGGGGUACAGGGUGAAUGAGAACCCCACUAUGAUCUGUGCUAGUCAGACUCAAUGUUGUAUAUAUUGUGUGUUGUCUCAUGCUGUUGUAGACUCUUUGCUGUGUUAGUUUGUGGCUUCUCUUCAAUUCCACCCAUAACUUUACUUUGGGUUAUGUUGCCCCUCCAUAUUUGUAAGGAAAAGCCUCAAUUUCUCCUAAUACCCCCCUAGCCUUCCAGUAAAGGGAGAAGUUUUCUCUGGAGUGGAUGUUUUAUACAGAGAAUCCAUCAUAGACGGGAUGAGGAAUCUACAUGAUGAGUAAGAAGAACCUGUAUACCGGAGUCAUGGAUCAGAUAACCAAUGAGACUGUGACAGGGGUCACUUUGGGUGGGGGGUUUGUGGGACUCAGCCUACCCUGGAGAGCUCUGGAAACUCCAUGUUCAGCUUCCCCUGGACCCUCUUAUGUGUAGAUCCCCCUGUGUCUCUAAUAGGGGCACAGGGUGACUGAGAACCCCACUAUGAUCUGUGCAAGUCAAAUUCAAUGUUGUAUAUUCGUAUAUAUAUAUAUGGUGUUGUCUCAUGCUGUUGUGUACCAUUUGCUGUGAUGGUUUGGGG